AAAAUGGGUAGUUGCGCAACUAAAAAUUAAGAAAAUGAAGUUUCUCUCCCUUCUAAUCCUAGAUUACAAAGGGCUUACUAAGUAAAAUCUUAUUGAAUUUAUAGCAAUAUUCAUAAAUAAUAGAAAUUACUCAUCCACUUAAUGUGAAUCAGAAAUACAAUAGUUACUUUACUUUGAUACCAGAUUAAUUUGUAGGUACAGGAAUAAAGAAGACAAAUUAAUAUGAAUCUCGUCUUUCAAAAGAAGAAUGGCAAUAAAAAAGAGUUGAAUUCUGGGGUAUAAAUAAUUGUUUGAUAGUAGAAUCUAGAAUAGAGGGAUAGAAGGAAAAUUGGAUUACUAUAAAAGCUGCAUUGGAAGCUGAUGAAGGUAUGUAUUAUUGUAAAUUAGGAACUGCAAAAACACUUUUGUAAGCUGCUGACUUAAAGCUAAUCAAAAAUAGUAUGUAAAUUGUUUUUGAUAAUCAUGGUAUUAUAAUAAAAAUAGAAAUAUUUAGGAUAGAAAUAUGAUUUACCAGUUUUUGUAAUUCAUAAUCCUAUUUCUUUUCCAUAGAAAUAAUCUUAUGAUUAAAAUCUUUACUAAAAUUUUGACCGUAAAGUUGUUAAGGUAAUUUGUGAUUUAUAAUUUGUAGUUUAAAUUGAGAUGUACAAAAUGGAACACUGAUAAGGAGAUAUCUUAUAACACAGGAGACAAGGUUGAAUUAUUAAUAAAAGAAUUACAAUCUUAGGAGAAUCCAUAGAAGAUGAAAUUGUUUGUAAAUGGCAGAGAAAUGAAAGGCCAUAACAUGUUUGGAAAUUAUGGUGUCUAAGAUAAUUCUGUAAUUUAUUCCCAAUUAUCUUUCUUUUAGGUUGUACAAGCAUUUAUGUUCUGAUUAUAUAAUAAUAUAUAUAU